GAGAGGGCAGGGCAAAGGCCAUCCCUAUAAAAAUCUCAGAUAAGAGAGAGAGAGAGAGAGAUGCGACUGAUGGAGUGAAGUUGAAGGGUUCAGCUUCUUUUAAGCAGACAAGCCAAAUCGAUCUUUUACGGUUUUUUUACCUAUUUGUUUUCUAUUUCUUCCAAAACGAAUGGAUUUCUUCCUCUGUUAUCUUCUUGAUCAUCAUAAUCAAAGCUUCUGAAUCUCAGAGUUGAACAUUUUAAGAGGAACAAUGGAGGAUUUCGAUCUUGAGAAUCCGUUAAAGAACUCCCAAGAACAUCAAUCCGAUACGAUUCCAGCACUUUUCGCCGCAGAAUCAGAUCAUAUGCCAUGCGACUACUACUUUCAGAGCAUCAAAACCAAGGAGUUGGAUGUUUCCGUUCGUCAAGAGGCAGUUUCGUUGAUUCUACAGGCGCAGUUCUCCUGUUGCUUCGAUCCGUUAAUACCGUAUCUGGCCGUAAAUUACCUCGAUCGGUUCAUCGCUGCACAAGGAAAUCCGCAAGGGGAGCCGUGGAUCCUGAAGCUUAUAGCUAUGUCUUGCCUCUCUUUGGCGGCGAAGAUGAUGAAAACUGACUUCAACCUGAUCGAUUUUCAGAGGGGAGAAGGUUUCAUCUUCGAUACAGACACUAUACAGAGAAUGGAACUCCUGAUUCUCGGAGCUCUGAACUGGCGAAUGCGCUCAAUAACUCCAUUUUCAUUCGUGCAUUUCUUCCUGUCUUUAUUCAUGAUGAAAGAUCCACCGCUAAGGGAUGCUCUCAAAACCAGAGCUAAAGAGAUCAUCUUUAAAGCUCAAAACGAAAUCAAGCUUCUCGAGUUCAAACCAUCGAUAAUAGCAGCGUCUGCGCUCCUCUCUGCUUCUCAUGAGCUAUUUCCCAUUCAAUUUCCUAGUUUCAGAAAAGCCAUUUCCUGUUGUGUUUUUGUAAACAAAGAAAGCCUGUUCGAUUGCUGCAAUGUCAUGCAGGGCAUAGUAAUUGACGGCUACGAGUCCGUUUUUGAUGUGGUAUCGAGCUCGGACACGCCAGCCAAUGUGCUUGAUCUUCAUUGCUCAAGCUCGGAUAGCGAUAAGACUCUAUCAAUCGCCACAACUACCGUAAGAGCGGAGAGGGACCUCCGACGGCGAAAGAGGACGACGACGACGUCGUACGACAUCAGCAACAACACAAAGCCGAAAGGAAGAGUAGAGUAAAGUUCAAAAAAAAGGAAAGGGUGAGACGGAGAGGGAGACAUGAAAGAACAAUCGACAUCAAGCGUUCAAGGGCGUCUCUACAUCCAAACGGUCCAUCAAUCCAACCCUUUACUCUCUCCUCUCUCCUCUCACCUCCUAUUUAACGUAAUAAAACUCUUUAAAUAAAAAAGGAAUUUUUGAGUAUUACCCUUUUAGUUUUAUCCAUCUGAAGCCUUUAUUUUGAUUUA